AUGUCGGCAAUGCAGGCAGCCAACCGGCUCCGGACGGCCUUCACCAAGGGCGGCCCCAGCUUUGGGCUAUGGCAGAUGAUCCCCGGCGCCAAUGUUUCCCGGGUCCUUGCCAGGAGUGCAGGCGUGGACUGGGUCCUGGUUGAUUGCGAGCAUGGAAACAUUGACGAUGGCGCCAUGCACGAUGCUGUGCCCGCCAUUGCCGCGGCCGGUGUCUCUCCAAUCGUGAGGUUGCCGGAUAUGCAGGGCUGGAUGGUCAAGCGAGCCUUGGAUUGCGGUGCUCACGGGGUCCUCGUCCCCCUUCUCCGAACCGCCCAGGAGGCCAAGGACCUGGUCCAGGCCGCCAAGUUCCCGCCGUGGGGACGCCGGGGUUUCGGCUCGCCGCUGGCCAUGGAGCGGUUCAGUCCGGCGCCGAGCAUGACCGAGUAUCUCCAGCACGCUAACGACAGCCUCCUGACCAUUGUCCAGAUCGAGACCAAGGAGGCGCUGGAGUCCAUCGAAGACAUCGCGGCGGUCGAGGGCAUCGACGUGCUCUUUAUCGGACCCUUUGAUCUUGGAAACAACAUUGGUCACCCUGUGAUCAACGGUAUCAUCAAGAAGGAGCUGAGCGACGCCAUUGACCGCAUCCUCGAGGCGACGCACAAGGCGGGAAAGAAGGCAGGCAUAUUCUGCACGAGCGGCGAGCAAUCCAAGUUCUUCGCGGACAAGGGUUUCGACAUGAUUAGCGUGGCGACGGAUUACACGGCAUUGCAGUUUACAUUGUUGGAGUCGCUGAGCAUUGCCAGGGGGGAGGCGAAGCCAGCCAAGAGUGGAUCGUACUGA